AUGUUAAAGUGCUACAGCUUUAUAUUCACAGUAGAAAUGAAACUUCUAAUAGCACUUGGGUUUUUGGUUGCGGUGUCCGCUUCACCACUGGCUAACGUUCCAUCGAACAAUCUACCUGUUGCACCCGUAGAAGAUUUUUCACUUUCAGAACAACUGCCAGAACAAGAUGAAAGAAGAAAGACUAGUGAAAUCAUUCUGGAAGCAAUUAUAACUUCGCUUGACAAAAUUCAGGGUGAGAUUAUUGAGGAGAGUAAUCAAAAAGUAAGUGAGGGCAUUCGAAACAUUUUAAACACUAUUCAAGACAUUUUGAAAACUAGAGGCAAGGAAGAGGUCGAUAAAGAAUUUAACGAGAUUGGGCACGCUGAGGAUAAAAUCCGUGCGGAUUCUGUGUUAGAUAAUCCUCAACAAGAUAAAAUUGACGCUAAGGAACUCGAACUUCAACAAGGUUCUGCUCCGGCUCAAGAAAAUCGUGAUGAUGAAAAUACAAUAUUAAAUAAUGAAAACGAAAGUGAUAAGGUACUUGACUCCGAGCAAAAUGAAGAGGAUCAUUCUAAAGUAAAAUUUAUAGACAUGGUCCCAGAAAAGAAUGAAAGUGACGAAGCCCAGUCGAGUAAAGUUGCUGAAAACGAUGAACAAAUCGAAGACGAUUCUGAGCUUCUCCGAGCGCAAAUUUUAAAUGACCGUUUUUUAAGAGAGCCUCAAGAAAUCCAAUAUAUACCUCCUUGGAUGAUUAGGAAACCUGUUCCAUAU